UUUUUGAUGACUUCUGUGAUAUUAAUUAAUAGUUAUUACUUAUAUCUUUUUAUAAAAAAAAAAAUAGUAUUAUAGUUAUUAUGUAUUUAUGUGCAAUUGUGGAAAGCCGAGUACGAUUAAUAUAAUUCGAAUAUACGAUGAACGUACGUGCUUGUGUGAAUUGAUAUUUGUUUUUGGAGUUUUCGCGUGUCACAGCCAAUAUUACCAUGUCCGUUUUCAACAAAGUACGUAAAAAUUUACCUCACAUCAAGCAAAACACCGAACUGCUAUUCAACAACACCGGGCUGUGUAUUAAAAUCAUAUCGUGCGUGCUGUCUGUGUGCUAUUUCUUCUCGUUUUGGUCCAAGAGCUCGACGGUGUUCGGUGUGACUCCCGGUUACUUAUUUCCGCCUUCGUUCUGGUUAUGGACACCAUUCACAUUCUGUUUCUUCGAAACGCACCUGUGGCAAGUACUGCUCGACAUCGCAAUGGUGGCCGUGUGCAGCAAGCUCAUCGAACCCCUGUGGGGUGAACUACAAGUGCUCGUGUUCUUUGCCGUCGUCAAUGUAGGAGUGGCAUUGGCGUGCGCUGUGUUCUAUUAUAUCCUUUACAUGUGCACCUGGGACCCGGAACUAUUGUUCUCAGUGCACGUGCGUGGCUUGGCAGGAUAUCUAGCUGGCGUCACUGUUGCUGUAAAACAAAUCAUGCCCGAUAGCACCGUGCUUGACACGCCGGCUGGUCGUAUCACCAACCGCAAUGUACCUUUGUUCACAAUAUUUAUUGCACUCCUUCUCUGGUUUAUUGGUUUUGUUGAUGGCACGAAACCGACAAUGGUCAUCAGUGGAGUGUUGAUGAGUUGGACGUAUUUGAGGUUUUAUCAGAUACAUACAAACGGAACAAGAGGUGAUAUGGCUGACAAUUUUACUUUUGCAAGUUUUUUCCCAGUUAUUGUUCAGCCACCGAUUUCAGUAUUGUCAAAUUCAGUAUACAGUGUUUUUGUAAAAGCUGGUAUAUGCAGAAAGACUGUGCGUAGAGUUGAUAUUGCCAGUGCACCAACUGGUAUUACUGUUGCAUUGCCUGGCAUUCGAUCACUCGAUAUGGACAGAAGAAAAUUGUUAGCCUUAAAGGCUCUCAAUAGUCGAUUAGUUGAUACAACUAAAGAUACACCAAGAACGGAUAACAUUCAAUCUGAAAGAAGAGACUCUGUAGUUAUAUCAAUUGGAGAUACAGAACAAACUUCAAAACUAUCACCUACUAAUAUGGUUUCAAAUAAAACAACGUAGUAUAGGUGAAUUAUUUUAAGGGAUAAUAUAUAAUAAUUUAUUCAUGAAUUUUCAUAUGGUAAAUUAAAUUUAAUCUACUAUACAAGAGUCUAGAAAGUAUAGAAACGUUUUACAUUGUUUAUAUGCACAUUUAUAACAUGUUCUGUUUAUUCUAGACACCUAGUAUCUAAUUUUUACAUUGUUUAUUGAUUUUUGUACAUUUGUUGAUAUUGUAAAUAGGUAAACUAGGGUAUUUGAACUACCUAGCUCAUAGGUCUAUGGUUCACGGCCACCGUAUGGUACUUACCCAUCAAAAAAACCACGUAAUAAAAUUAAAAAUACAUUUAUCGCCAUCUGGUGGCCAAAUUUAAACCAAGUACACCAAGCUUUAGGACAUGUUCAUUGAAACCUUGUUGUCAUAGUAUAAUAAUAAUUGUUAAAA